AUGGCAAAAGUGGCAAGAGUGGACAUCAUACCUGCCACACUUAAACAAGACAGUCUGCCUCCACUGCCAGAAGAGGGGGAUCUAGAAUCGGAGGAAACACUUGCUCAACAAUGUCUACAAGUUAACCAACUCCAGUCAAAUCCAGCUACUAAUGGGCCUCCGAAUCCACCAGCAGGCUCUCAGAUUCCUAAUGGACCAAGUCAGAUUGGUGACGCGGCUCAAGUCAGACCUGCUGCUUGGACUACAGACCCUGAAGAGGCCACUCGCCUGCUGACGGAAAAAAGGAGACAAGCCCGACUCCAGAGAGAGAAGGAGGAAGAGGAACACAGACUGAAAAAGAGCAGAGAGGACCUGGCCCGUCGAAGAGUUGAAGAACGAGCCAGAGAGGAAGCAGAGGCUCUGAGACUGGAGGAGGAGAAGAGGAAGAGAGAGGAAGAAGAGCAAUUGAAGGCUCAAGAGGAGAAUGCUCGCAGACAGAAAGAGGAGGAAAACAGGCUUCAACAGCAGAGAGAGCAAGAGGCUCGUCAGAGAGUGCUGGCAGAGAAGCAGAGACUGGAAAGAGAGAGUCACUUCCAGAGAGAGGAGGCCGAACGCCAAGAGAGGAAAAAGCGCCUGGAAGAAAUCAUGAAAAGAACAAGACAGACAGACUCUGAUGACAAGAAAGCUGCAUCAGUGAAGGACAACUUGCCUUGUGAAAACGUAAAGUCUGUAAUCAGGCAACCAGAUCCAGGAAAAAUGCCAAAGCUGGAGCUGAGGGACGAGGAGGAUAUGCUUCCUACUGUGGCCUUCAAAGAGCGAUGGUCCUUCCGCAGUCUUUCUGGCCUGGAUGAGAUACAAGCCCAUCAGCAAACCGAGGUUAUUUAACCCACGGACCUGUCAUACGAUGCCAAGACGUUCAGAGCAACUUCAGCAAGUUUGUCUUUCUGAAAAACACAAACAUAUGCACUUGAUUUGCCUGCACUUUAAUAAAUCUGUAGUUUAAUAAACAAGUCACACUUUUUACAGUUUCCUACUGCCCAGUUAAAAUACCUAAAUUACUGCUUGAUUUGCUAAAGUGACAUGUAUUGUUCAUGUAUUGCUCAGUAGACAUAACUUUGGGAAUGUGGUAAGAUUCACAUAAUAAUAAUAUUAACAAUGAAAAUAAUAAUAAUACUUAAUGACAAAGGUAGACUACCCACCAAACAAAAACUUGAAUUAUUCAUUUUUAAGCUUUAAUUGAAUAUUUUAGCCAGUGUGUUUAUGGUGUUAUGGUUUCUCCUUGAAUGUCUGAGUGACAUAAUAGUCAUGGAUUUAUCAGUCUUUUUCAUAAAUAUACACAUGUAAACAGUAAUUCAUCUGCACGAAUGCAUACUGUACACUAC